UUGCAUUGAAGAUGAUGACAUUAACUGUGACAGCAGCUGAUCGGAGACACUUUAGGAGUCGGGUCUGUCUGCGCUCCGCUGCGUCUCUGCGUCCUGCCAGGCAGCCGCGGCGGCUGGGAGGCUAUUUUUAGAAGCUGUGUUGCGGUAAAGGAAUCAAUCAAACCGGGGCCGAAGCGUCCCCUUUAUGACAAUCUGCUGCUUUUCACGGCGGGCAAUCCUCCGAGAGUCCCGUCUGCGCCUGCCCGGCCACGGGAAACGAUGUGUGAUCUGCUUUACUCCAGCUCCCGCCCGCCCAUGCGCUUUCCCUUCACGCUCUCCAGGAACGAGAACGGCUGCACGGCAAACUUUUGCAACAUGGGAUCCAUCGCACUUUGUAGAGACAUUGCUCUUGGGACCUCACUAGUUUAGUGUCUUUGUCAUGAUCUUAGAUUCAAUUUGCGAUAAGAAUGAGAGAUGAUUAAUGGUUAAAAACUAAAGGAGUGCGAAAAAUCUCGAGGAGAGGGGGGGGAUCAAUUCCUUUCUCUUUAAGCCUACUUCUAUCAAGUGUAAGUGCAUAUUUUUGCAGGCUCUUAUGGGAAUUAAGCACUCGUCCCGCUGCAUGCUCCUCAGGAGAAAAAUGGCGGAGUGUGAGAGCACUGAGCAAACACAGUCACAACCACAGCCGAUCCGCAUAAUUCCUUCUCAGUCGGCGCAACCAACCUCGUUGCCCAAGCCCGUCCCUUCUGUCCAGCAUGCCCCUCUGCCUUCCCGCCCUCCUCAUAUGGGUCAUGCUGCCGGCCUUCCUAGCUGUCCCGGGCGCGGAAAGAUGUCCAAGUUCCUCAAUCCAGAGGAGAUGACCUCCAGAGACUAUUACUUUGACUCAUAUGCCCACUUUGGUAUCCAUGAGGAAAUGCUGAAGGACGAGGUGAGGACCCUCACGUACAGGAACUCCAUGUACCACAACAAACACAUCUUCAAGGACAAAAUCGUGUUGGAUGUUGGAAGUGGGACUGGGAUCCUCUCUAUGUUUGCGGCUAAAGCGGGGGCAAAGCACGUAUAUGGGAUUGAAUGUUCCAGUAUAUCAGAGUACUCAGAAAAGAUCAUCAAGUCCAACCACCUUGACAGUGUCAUCACCAUUUUCAAAGGCAAGGUGGAGGAGGUGGAGCUUCCAGUUGAAGAGGUGGAUAUCAUCAUAUCUGAGUGGAUGGGCUACUCGCUCUUCUAUGAAUCCAUGCUCAACACUGUCAUCUUUGCCAGGGACAAGUGGCUGAAAGCCGGUGGAUUAAUGUUUCCGGACCGAGCUUCCCUGUACGUGCUGGCCAUAGAGGACAGGCAGUUCAAAGACUUCAAAAUACACUGGUGGGAGAACGUCUAUGGCUUUGACAUGACCUGUAUCCGCAAUGUGGCCAUGAAGGAGCCCCUGGUGGACGUGGUGGACCCCAAACAGGUGGUGACCAACUCGUGCCUGGUCAAGGAGGUGGAUAUCUACACAGUAAAGCCUGAGGACCUCUCAUUCACCUCAACCUUCUGCUUGCAAAUCCAGAGGAACGACUACGUCCAUGCACUGGUCACUUACUUCAACAUUGAGUUUACUAAGUGUCACAAGAAGACUGGCUUCUCCACCGCUCCUGACGCUCCUUACACCCACUGGAAGCAGACAGUCUUUUAUCUGGAAGAGUAUUUAACAGUGCGAAGAGGAGAGGAGAUUACUGGCAGCAUCGAUAUGAAGCCCAAUGAGAAAAACAAUCGUGAUUUGGACUUUACUUUUGAACUGGAUUUCAAAGGGCAGCUAUGUGACGCAGCUAUAGCCCACGACUACAAAAUGCGCUAAGUUGGACGGCGGUUCCCCACUUCCUCCCGAGGACCGAGGCCCGACGAGACACUCAUGACCACGGAGGGACGCGAGAGUGUCAAGGACGAAAAAAAGAACAGGCCAAAGACAAAAGUGGGCGUCAUCUACGGAGUCAGUGGUGUCAGUAAACUGUACAAUGACAGGUUACAUUUACUGAAUGUCAAACAAAACUGAAUGUAACACAAAACGGAUCAGGAAUAUUUUCUUUAGUUGAUGAAUGUUCUUGAUAACUGAUGUGUGCACGUGGGAGGCGGAGUGAUGUACUGUGUUUUAUUCAGUAUUUGUUUACCAAAAUAACCUGGACCUUAUGUUGGGAUAGAUCUCAUCUCAUCAUUUCCUGUUGUAAGGUGACCAUAGAUUGAAGUAUAAUAUUUGAUAAGCUAUCUAAGAAAUUACAAUUUAAGUAAUUGUAUUUAGUCGUAUAAGUUUAGCGGCGGUGGAAAACCAACAGUACAUGAACACCGUAGCCAAGGACAGCAGUCGUACAACGUGAUAGGUCGUGCUUUGUCGGUGUAUUUGUUGGUUUCUGUGCAGUAGAGGGUAUCAAAAUGUAUCGUGGAACAGGCUAGACUCCUUGUGUGCUCUGUGUCACCAGUUUGACACGUCAGUAACAUUCGGUCCCCCAUCUUAAAUGCCUUGGCCAAGUGCCCAAGUCCUCCACAUCUUCUCUGCACUGCUCAGAACAUCAGGACGUUACGUUGAAACUACAUCUUCAUUUAAAUCCAUUCCAAGCAACUGAAACGCACAUAGCUUCUAGUCAUAGAUAUUAUGCCAAAAUAAUAAAAAAAAGGGCAAAGAAGUGAGGUACAGCAUUCAAGUUACAGUUUAGAGAAAUACUGUUAAAAUUUGCAAUGAAAAUAUCCAACACUCUGCAAUAACUGUAACUGUGUACUGAAUCAGGGCGAGGGAUUAUUUGUAUUUCACGUGUGCUCUUAACAAGGUCAUUGCCAAGGUACCCAAUACUUUUUUUUUUUUUUUUAAAGGUAUUGAUCUAGAUGAUCUUAAAGAGUUAUCUUUCAAAUUAUGAACACUAUAUUUAAGAACAAUGCAGAAAAAUAAACAGGUGUCCAAGUAUUAAAAGUCUAUUAAAAUGACCGUUGUAAAGAAUGACGUCUUACCAGAGCAGAUAAGUUAUUUUGAUCACUUCUUUAAUCUUCUGUAUCUUAUAAAGGUUGUAACAAGCAAGAAGUACGAUGUUAUAAGUCAUCAAUGCAUCCUAAAUUGGCAUUUAUUUAUUUAAGAAGUCAAAUUUAUUCAAAUAAAUUGGCAUGUUAAUUGCACAUCUUUAUAUUCUACUUAGGAUAUCAUAUAUGUUGUCUGGUCAAUUUAAAAUUUGAAUAAACUGCAGUUUUCAAACCCACCCACUGGGUACUGUGGAGAAGAACAGUUCUUUGGUGUGUUCCACAUAAAAAACCAAUGGAUUUGUGUAUAUUAUUUACAUGUUCACACACACACACACACACACACAUAUAUAUAUAUAUAUACAUACAUAAAUAAAAAUAAAAAGUGGCAUACAAGAUACUAGCAGUAGUGAAGCAACGUUAGUGACAGAAAAUGUACACCAAAACCAGAGAAAAUCCAGACAAACAAGUCAUCUUCCAGACAGUUGUUAUAAAGAAUUAUAAUACAAACAUAACCCUUCGCUAAAUGUCAGCGUGACCUCAAUUUUCCUCAACUACAGUUUCAAAGAGGAAAAAAAAAUGGAGCACAACACAUAUAUUACAAUGUUCAAAAGAUACAAAAACCAGAUCCAUUUCAAACUUGGCGACCCUGGCUCAUGUCCCACUCAAUAUUUUGAUUUGUUCGUUAAAUAGCACUUCUGUGAAUUGUUGUAUACUGUUUUUUUAUUAUUAUUUAUCAUCCGUGGUAAUAUGAGUCACAUGCCACCAUGAGUGAUUUUGGCCUUAAUACAGAGUAAGUCCCCUUGUGUACCAAAAACAACAACAACAAAAAAACAACCCUAAAAACAGAUACAUUAUACUGCAACAUUAUUUGAUGAACUGAAUUGUACAGUUUGUGUUAUCACAUCCACCUAAAUGUGUACUAAAGGUGAAAGAACAGUCUAAAAUUAGUACAAUUCACAAUUAAUUUAUAUUUAACAUCAAUGGAGAUAUAAAAAAAACCCCAAACAAACAACACAAAUUUCACAGGUAAAUUGCCUUUUUUAUUAUUAAUAUUAAUAAAUAGUUCCAAAAUCUGAGAUUUACAUUUAAGUUUGACUAAACAUCCUGUAGUAUUUAAAAAAGUUUCUUAAAAUCUUUAUGUUUUACUUAUCCAGUUUAUUGUGAUUACAUUGGUUAGUUGUUUUUUUAUCUACUUUAAUGCCUUGAUUUUAAGACACAAACCUGUAGAAUAAUUGUAAACCCAUCCAUCAAUAAUAGUGCAACUAACAUCGGUAAAAUGUGAACACAUGAAAGACUGGCUGAAAACAGUUGUGCUAACAAUCCAUGCGUUUAAACCGUGACAUGUGCUUUCUUCAUCAGACUAAGUGACUUGGUAAAGGGUAGUGCUACUUUGUGUGAAGUGUUUAUAUUUUAGCAGCAGGAUUUCUUCUUCCCUGACGGGCUACUGACCAGCUGGACGGUCUUCUCCUUCUCUAUGUCUUCUUGCUCUUUCAGAACUCUGGAAAACAUACAUGCAAUGAGGCAUGAAGAACUAAUCCAGUUCAGAUGAAACACCAUGAUGUGAGCAAUGUUGCUCCGUCAGUCUUAGAGCCUUGCAGCAUCCUUGUGCUUAGCAACUGUCAUUCCUGCUGCAUACUAACCCACAGAUACCUUCCUUCUGCUGUCUCUCCCUCCCAAUAAAGGAUUAGUGAUUAUUCACCAUGCAUGAUAUAA